GCGGUGCUGCUUCGCUUCGCUUCCUUCCCGCUGCCGGCGUCGGCGUCGGCGUCGGUCGCGUCUCCGCCCGCAGAGAUACCUCGUCAUUGGUGUCCACAAUGUCGCGGACAACUUGCAGCUGCCCCCCAAAGAAGUGUUUCCAAGGCACUUGUGACUGUUUAAUAGGGAUUGAGUUAUGCUAUUCGGGAUGCAACUGCAGUGGUGACUGCCAGAACGGCUUAUCUCUUGGAACAAUCAACCCGGCUGCUGCCCAAGGUACCACCCCAACGCUUGCCUCUGGCUCUUCUGCUGCCCAAGAUACUGCUCAAACGCAACCGCUUGCCCCGAGCUCUUCUACUGCCCAAGGUAUCGCUCAACCACAUCCACUUGCCCCGAGCUCUUCUACUGCGGCCGUGCCGAAGCCAGAGGCAGUUGGUGAGCUGGUGAAGUGCAACUGCAGCUUUACCAAAUGCCUAAACUGCCAAUGCAGAUGUUUCAGGGAGGGUUUGAGUUGCGUUAUGGGACGCUGCAAGUGCUAUGACUGCGAGAACAACCCAAAUUGGCUGGCCGACGAGGAUUAUGUGGAGUGCGCGUGCAAAACCAAAAAUUGCAAAACCAGAGUCUGCGGUUGCAACAAGAAACUGAAAGGGUGUAACCCAAAUUGCACGUGCAUAGGGUGUGAGAAUCAGUACGGGAUGAAAGGGGCUGAUAAGUCCAAUGCUGGACCGGGAGGUACGGGUGGCACAAGUGACGCCGGAGGCUCGGGUUCCAACAAGCAAAUAAGAAUCGGGUGAUGACAGUAGGCUUGAGACAUACCAGAGCAUGAUGCAAGUCACCUUACUUACUUACCAUCCUCAAGACAAUUGCCACUCAUCUCCUGUUCAGAAUAUCUCCCACUAAAGCACAGCCGGGUUCCUGUAUAUUCCUUGUAAUGGUUACUCGAAGCAAGCACGGCGACAACCUCCAUGUUCCUCAGCCCUCGGGGGGCUCCAGUGGACCUAGAUUGAUCAGGCUGAUACACUUUAGAACAUAUAUAAUUCUGUUCGGCGUCCAUAUAUGCUGCCCGGAAAUGGGUGCUUCAGUUCGUUCUUAUACAUGCACAGUCUUGCAAAUGAUUUCUCUUAUACUUGAAGAAGAUUCUGGUAGUAUGAAUAUGGUUUGCAACUUUGCAUAUUCUGGUACCAUGAAGUGAUACGGUUAUUCUUUGUAUAGACCAGUUACACAAGCAGCACUGGUUGCUUGCUUGGAACAAGAAUGACAUCUUAGAUAUUGGGUUCCAUUUGGUUCAGUAAGCGUUCAGUUUUUCUCCACCGACUAAAUUCAGCACGAGGC